AUGAAGUGGUCAUUAGCUUCCCUCGUGGCUCUCGGCGCAUCGGCCGUUGCGCUUGAAUGCCACUGUUUACCGACCGAUAGCUGCUGGCCUGCUCCCUCGGUCUGGGACUCACUGAAUAAGACGGUCGAUGGCCGGCUGAUUGCGACCGUCCCUAUUGGGAGCCCCUGCCAUGCACCGAACUAUGAUGCCGUUGCAUGUGCCACACUCAAGGCUGACUGGUAUACCCCGGAGCCUCACUGGGAUUCAUCCUCUUCGGUGAUGCAGACGUACUUUGCGAACCAGAGCUGUGACCCCUUUGCCGACAAGUCUCAGCCCUGUCGCCUGGGCAACUAUGUCAGUUACGCUGUGAAUGUCUCUUCCAACGAUCAGGUCAUCGCUGCGGUGAACUUCGCCCGCGAGAACAACGUCCGUUUUGUUAUCCGUAACACCGGCCAUGAUUAUCUUGGUCGUUCCACCGGUGCCGGGGCACUCUCUGUAUGGACCCACCACUGGAAUGAUAUCGAGUACAAGGACUGGUCGGAGCCGGCCUACCAGGGCCCGGCAUUCAAGGUCGCUCCCGGUGUGGUUGGAUUUCAGAUCCUCGAGGCUGCCGCUGCCAAGGGCCUUGUAGUUGUGACGGGCGAAUGCCCUUCUGUUGGUCUCGCUGGUGGCUACACCCAGGGCGGCGGCCACUCCGCACUUUCGACCCAAUUCGGCCUUGCAGCUGAUAAUACUCUUGAGUUCGAGGUUGUCACUGCUGCUGGCAAGCUGGUCACAGCCUCACGAUCCGAGAAUGCCGAUCUUUUCUGGGCCUUGAGUGGCGGAGGUGCUGGCAACUAUGGCGUCGUGACAUCCUUGACAGUCAAAGCACACAAGGACGCACCUAUCGCCGGUGCCGCUCUUCAAUUCACCGCAGCCAACAUCAGUACCGACACAUUUUACGAGGCUGUUUCGCAACUCCAUUCUCUGGUGCCAGCCAUGGUCGACCAGGGCGUCAAUGUCAUCUACCAGAUGACUUCUCAGUUCUUCCUCAUCGCGCCUGUUACAGGUUACAAUAAGACCACCGAUGAGGUCAAGGCCAUUCUGAGCCCCUUCAUGUCUGAGCUCACAAAUCUCGGCAUCAAGUACGACGCCAGCUUCACGCAGUACGACUCGUACCGCGACCAUUACAAUAGAUACAUGGGACCUCUCCCCUGGGGAAAUUUGGGGGUGGCUAGCUACCAGUACGGCGGCCGUCUCAUUCCCCGCCAGACCCUGGAGGAAAACCCCACUGGUAUAGGCUCAGUGCUGCGCAAUUUCACUCAAUCCGGCCUGGUUGCUGUGGGAGUUUGCCUGAACGUCUCUUCCCCAGUCAAUGUGUCGAAUGCAGUAUCCCCAGCCUUCCGCAACGCAGCCAUAACGAUGCAGUUCGGCACACACUGGGAUGAUACCGCCUCGUGGUCCGAGAUGGUCGAAGACCAAUACAAGAUCACAAACGAAUUCGUGCCUCAGCUCGAGGCCCUCACUCCUGGCAGUGGCUGUUACCAGAAUGAAGCCAAUUUCCGCCAGCCAAACUGGAAGGAGACCUUCUUCGGUUCCAAUUACGAAACCCUUCUUGAUGUUAAGCGCAGAUGGGAUCCUUCUUCGUUCUUCUAUGCGCUGAAGGCUGUGGGCAGUGAUGACUGGUCUGUAUCCGAGUCCGGCCGAAUGUGCCGGGUCUAA